GUUGAUGAGUGAACUUAUGAUUCGAAAUCUGCUUCCACCAGAGGUCUCUGAGACGUCUGCUACACUCGGUUUCCAAUGGAUCACUCGACGCUUCAGCUCCUCGCAGACCUGCGAUCUUAUCUUGAAACUCUCCCAGAUAACCUACCUAUUACCUCAAAGAUCAACUUCGCAUACUACCAGCCCAACGACGUUGAUAUCAAAGACAAGGGUUAUGAAGGGGCAGUGAAUCAUGCCCUUGAAAUGGCCUUCUGCCCUCAAAGCCGACGCGAUGGGCCGAUUGUGCUCAAAGAGAGGGGACCUGGCUUGGUUGCAGUGGUAGAUGUACUGCAAGACACCAUCGCAAAGUGUCGAGCUCAGUCCGAGAAGUCAUCCGACUCAGCAAUCAUGCUUAAGUGGGCUAGGGAUCUGAUACAUCAAGCAACAGGCCUUCACAGGAACCCUUCGCUCUACAGAUCACGAGAUUGCGAGUGGGGACGAAUCCAGCGAGUCGGCAGCUCAACCAGCGAGGAAGAAGGCAAAGUUGGUAGCUGAUGAGGGCGCUGCACUAGAGAACCCGGCUGUGGUCAUGGCAUGGUACAGAGCAUGCAAGGUUAUGAAGAAGCCGCGAAAGGGU